GAGAGGAACGCGAAGUCGGUGAGGUGGUUGCGGCGGCUAGCCGUGGUGAAGUGGUUCUUCUUCGAGGAGGAAUUGAGAGCGGUUCGGUACCCGGGUGGUGCUGGGCUAGAGCGUUAUGGCUCAGACGCUACAGAUGGCGAUCCCUAACUUUGGCAACAACGUCUUGGAGUGUCUCAACGAGCAGAGGCUUCAGGGGCUCUACUGCGACGUCUCUGUGGUUGUCAAGGGACACGCCUUCAAGGCGCACCGGGCGGUCCUGGCAGCCAGUAGCUCCUACUUCCGGGACCUGUUCAACGCUGGAGGGAAGAGCAGUGUGGUGGAGCUACCCCCAGCCGUCCAGCCCCAGAGCUUCCAACAGAUCCUAGCCUUCUGUUACACGGGCCGCCUCAGCAUGAACGUGGGGGACCAGUUCCUCCUCAUGUACACUGCAGGCUUCCUGCAGAUCCAGCAGAUCAUGGAGAAGGGCACAGAGUUCUUCCUUAAGGUCUCCUCCCCUAGCUGUGACUCCCAGGGUCUUCACGCAGAAGAGACUCCGCCCUCAGAGCCCCAGAGCCCUGUCACUCAAACCACAGGGGAGGGGCUGGGGUGGUCGACGGCAGCGUGUAGGCCCGCCUCCUGCCUGACACCCCUCCUGCUGGUGUCGAGGGUGAAGACUGAGCAGAGCCAGGAGGCCACGUCCUACUCGGUGGUGUGCAGCCCCGUCGCCAAGCGCCUGUGGGAGGGGGGAACCGCGGCGGGGGGAGGGGGGUCGGGAGGAGGAGGGGGGUCCAGGAAAGCCGCCCGCUACUCUUCUUCCUCCGCCUCAUCAAACAACUGCAACUCCCAAGAUGCAACGGGCAGAAACGUUGUUAACCACAGUAACCAUAACAACAACAACAACAACAGUAACCAUAACAGCAGCAGCGUGGGGACGCCGGACGGGACGAGUCCGGGGACGCUGAGCAUGUACACCAGCGACUCGCCCCUCAGUUACCAUGAUGACGAGGAGGAAGAGGAAGUGACCGACGACAGCACCGAAGAGCAGUACAGGCAGAUCUGUAACAUGUACACCAUGUACAGUAUGCUCAACGUGGGCGCCGCCGCAGUAGCGAGCGAGCGUGUGGAGUCCCUACCAGAGCACCUCACGGCAGAGACCCGGGGUGGCAGGGGGGUGAGGGUACGCCAGGACCUGGCUUCGCUACCCGCUGAACUCAUCACCCAGAUAGGUAACCGGUGCCACCCACGGCUGUACGAGGAGGGUGAUCCUGCAGAGAGACUGGAGCUGGUGACGGGUACCUCCGUGUUCAUCUCCCGCGCGCAGCUCAUGAACUGUCACGUCAGCGCCGGCACGCGCCACAAGGUCCUACUGAGGAGGCUGCUGGCUUCUUUUUUCGACAGGAGUACUCUAGCUAACAGCUGUGGGACGGGGAUCCGCUCUUCUACCAACGACCCCAGCCGCAAGCCCCUGGACAGCAGAGUAUUGCACGCCGUCAAGUUUUACUGCCAGAACUUUGCCCCGAGCUUCAAGGAGAGCGAGAUGAACGCCAUCGCAGCUGACAUGUGCACUAACGCCCGCCGAGUCGUCAGGAAGUCCUGGAUCCCCAAGCUCAAGCUCCUCAUGGCCGAGGGUGACGCCUACUCCGCUUUCCUCCAAUCAGACGCUGUCAAGAUGGAGGCCGACGCCCUGGGGGCGGAGCAUGGGUUCGACCCCACCUCCCUGGCAGAAGAGGUGGCAGCGGCCAAUAACGAUGCGGGACCUUCUUCGGGGGAGGGGUUACAAGGCGUUGUGGGUGGAGACGGCAGCACUUUGUUUUAAAGUGAGUGGGCUUAUUGUGAUCUUAUUGGUCUUUGAUCAUUGCUCUCGGCGACACUUCCUCCCUCAGUUUUAGUUUUGUUUUUAAUGUCACUUUUCCAUAUCUUAACCUCUUCCCUUAAUACUUGGAAUUUAAUUUUAUUAUAUCCAUCUGUUACAUCCCUCAUUCUCUCUCUGUCUGUCCCGGACCCAUGUACAUAGUUUCUGCCCCCUUCUGGACGGGAGAGAGAUGAAGAGAUGAAGGAGGGAUAGAGGUGCAGAAAGAAAGACGGGGGGGGGACUUCACCUAGAAAUAUUCCCUGAACCCCAAUGUAGAAUAUUUUCUUGUUUUAACGUUUGUUUUUGGUUGGCAAAGGUCCUUCCUCCUUUCCAUAUUGCUGAAACACAUUCCCUAGGAGGAGGGGCCUUUUGGGGGGAUAGGAUGGGGGU